AUGAGGAAUAUUAUAUUAUCAUUUUUCAUAUUAGUAAUUUUUUCAAAUGUUAAGGCUGCAAGUGUUCAAAAUCAAGGUAAUAACAGUCCACAGUCGAUUGGAUAUGCUUCUGUAGCUCAGCCAACUGUAACAUUCGACCAUGAUGAAAAAUCCCAUACUCAAUAUUUAGAUAUAAUUAAGAAUAUUUUUCGUGAUGAAUCAGAAAAUAUGAAAUAUUCAUAUAAAGGUAGCAUUUAUCAUUGGGUGAUUACAGACUUUUAUAUAUACAUAGAUAAUUCUGAUCGAAAAUUAAAAAAAAAAUUUUCUAAUAAAAAAACUGAAGCAUUCAUAAAAGGUUCAGCAUAUUUUAUAGCUUAUAUAAAGGAUAUUAUUAAAUAUUUGAUUUCACAAAAUAUGCAUACAUAUAAUUUUGAAACAAACACGCAUGAGAAACUAAAUAACUUCGCUAAAGAUUUUAAAAAAUUGAUAUAUGAUGAAUUUGACCAAGAUUUAAAAAAAGACUUAAUAAAAUACGAAAGUGAACGAAAAAAUGAAAAGUAUCAUAAGAUGGCAAAAGAAAUUCUUGAAGUGCUUGUACAUAGUUCAUCUAUGAGGAUUAAAGGCUAUUUUAUUAAAAUAAGAAAAGAUGGAAACUAUAUGGAUUUAAAUCAAGAAGAUACUUUUUAUUUCAAUAUAGCUAUGCAUAAAGAUAAAUAUCGUCUUAUACAUAAUUUACAACCUCUUAAUCCUGAAGUUGCUGAAUUAAUUACUACUCUUACAAGAAAAGAAUAA